AUGUUGCAGAAAGUUGGGGAAAUGGACAGAGGCAAUCAGAGUGACGUUUCUGAGUUCCUGCUCCUGGGGAUCACUGAUAAUCUUGAACAGCAGCGUGUCCAGUUUUGGAUGUUCCUGGUCAUGUACGUGGUCACAGUGGUGGGAAAUGUGCUCAUCAUCCUGGCCAUCAGCUCUGACCCCCGCCUGCACACUCCCAUGUAUUUCUUCCUGGCCAACCUCUCUUUCACUGACCUCUGCUUUGUCACCAACACAAUCCCCAAGAUGCUGGUGAACCUUCAGUCUGAGAACAAAGCAAUCUCCUAUGCAGAGUGCCUGACACAGCUCUACUUCCUGGUCUCCUUGGUGGCCCUGGACAACCUCAUCCUGGCUGUGAUGGCAUAUGACCGCUACGUGGCCAUCUGCCGUCCCCUCCACUACACCACAGCCAUGAGCCCUGGGUUAUGUAUUUUAUUCCUUAUCCUAUGUUGGGUGUUCUCUAUCACAUACGGCCUCAUCCACACCCUCCUUAUGACCACAGUGAACUUCUGUGGAUCCCGAAAGAUACGUUACAUCUUCUGUGAGAUGUAUGCCCUCCUAAGGCUCACGUGUUCCAAUACUGAAUUGAAUCAUGUAAUGCUAAUAACUACGGGAUCCUUUGUAUUCCUCGUCCCCUUAGGGUUCAUGAUCAUGUCCUAUCUCUGGAUUGUCAGAGCCAUCCUCCGCAUACCCUCAGCCACUGGGAAGUACAAAGCCUUCUCCACCUGUGCCUCCCAUUUGGCUGUGGUCGCCCUCUUCUAUGGGACACUUUGUAUGGUCUAUCUGCAGCCCCUCAAAACCUACUCCAUGAAGGACUCAGUGGCCAUUGUGAUGUAUGCUGUGGUGACCCCUAUGAUGAACCCUUUUAUCUACAGUCUGAGGAACAAGGACAUGCAUGGGGCCUUGGGAAGACUUCUGCUUGGCAAAGUCUUCCAGAAGUUGACAUGA